GGCAGCUGCUGAGCCUGAGUAAGGGAUAGCCCCCAGGGGCCAGACAUUUAAGGAACCGGUGACUCCUGGUGGCCUCACUAUUAAGGCAACGGAAGAAGGAGACUGGCCAUUCUACCACCCGGGCACUAGCUGCUCCUCCAAAGCCCUGGACACAGCGUUUGAGGAUUAGGAGGGACUGGUCAUACGAAGGUGAGUGCCCACGCCUGCUGUCACCAUGACAACCAUUCACCAUCAGCAUUGAUGCAGAGUCCAUGGAGUUCUCCAGCUCCUCCACCCAUGUGCAGACCUUCUCCCAGACAACCAAGAUUGUGGGAGAGGAAGUCAUGACUAAGUCGUUCUCGUCGAGCACUGUCCAGUUCUUCAGUUUGGUGACUCAGAAUUCCAACAUCCCUGAGGGAGAGAGUAUCCCUGAGUUCGUGGAGAAGCCUCAGCCAGUCACUGUGCCUGAGAGGGAUAAAGCUGUGUUCCGAGCCCAGGUCCAGGGGAACCCCAAGCCGAACAUCUCCUAGAAGCGGGAAAGUGGCAUCCCCAUCAAGGAGUCUGCCAUGAUGUUCUAAGACAGCAUUAACAAGGAGCACAUGCUGAAGCUGGAGCCACUGACCUCGGAUGACUCUGACAACUACAAGUGCAUUGCAAGCAAUGACCAUGCAGACACCAUCUAUACUGUGUCCUUGCAGGUGACAGAGGGUCAAGAAAAAAUGGGUUUCAAAAAGAUGUUGAAAAAGAAGUCUGCCCCUGCUCCCAAGAAGCAGCAGAAGAAAGUGACAGAUGAGAAAGAGAUGCUGGAGAUUUUGUCCAACAUGCCUAAGAAGGAUUUUGAGAAGGUCUGCGUGGAGUACGGUUUCACUGACUUUCGGAGGCUGCUCAAGAAGCUCAAAGGGAUGAAGUAAGUAGAAGUGGAGGCCAUCCGGAUUCUAAAGCCCCUGGAAGACAUAGAGACCAAGAUUGACACCACGGUGAUUUGCAUCAUGGAGCUGAAGGACCCCAAUACCAAGAUGACAUGGGUCAAGGGUACUGAGCCACUGAGGAUCCAGUACUCCCUGGGCAAGUAUGAUGUGAAGCAGGUGGGCACCAAGUACAUGCUGGUCAUUACCAACGUGAAUAUGAAUGAUGCAGGCAUCUACAGCCUGACUGUGGGUGACAAGCGGAUGACUGCAGAGCUCAGAGUGCUGGAUGAGCCACUGAAGUUCUUCGGAGAAAUGCAGCCAGUGAAGGUGACAGAGCGCCAGACAGCUGUAUUUGAGAUCCGCCUCUCCAAGAAAGUGCCCGACUUUGUGUGGAAGUUCAAUGGGAAGGAGCUGAAGAGGGAUGAAAAGUAUGAAAUCUCAGUGUCUGAGGAUGGUCUGACCCACACGCUUAAGAUUAAGGAUGCCUGGCUCAGUGACAGUGGCGAGUUCUCUGCCCAGGUGGGAGAUCUGGUACAGAAGGCCCAGCUCACUAUUGAUCGCAUCCCCAUCAAGUUUGUGAGCACCCUCAAGAAUGUAAGGAAAGAGAGGAGCCGUGCAUGUCUUGAGUGUGAGCUGACAUCCAAGAACGUGACACUGUGCUGGAAGAAGGAUGGGCAGCUGCUGGAGCGCAGCAACAAGUACAGCAUGAGUCAUGAGGGCAAGCGAGCAGAGCUGAUCAUUGAUUAUGCACAGCUCAGUGACGGUGGCAAGUACACCGUGGUCGCAAUGCAGGAUGGGGACCCCACUGAAUACUGCAGUACUGCCACAGUCACCAUGGAGGAGCGCCUGGCUUCCUAGAAGAGUGGGAUGUCCGAUGUGCAUGUGGCCACAGGCAGCCCGGCUGAGCUGUGCGUAGCGCUGAACGACAAGAAGGUGGAGGGUGUGUGGCUGAAGGAUGGCAAAGAGAUCACGGACUUACCAGAUGUGCAGAUCGUGAAGCAGGGUGCAGUGCACAAACUCAUCUUCCCCAAUAUGGGCCCAGAGCAUGAGGGCAAGUACACAUUCUGGGCCAAGGGCGCUGAGAGUGAAGCCUCGGUAUUCAUCACAGAUCCUCCUACUAUCGACCCCUCCCUACUGGAGGCACUUGCUGAGCACCCAGUGACCGUGAAGGUGGGCCACACUGUCAAGUUGCCCUUCCGGGCAAAGCCACUUCCCAAAGUGACCUGGUACAAGGAUGGCGUGGAGGUGACAGAGGAGGAACACGUGUCCAUGGAGCACAAGGAAGACCAGGCGUUGCUCACCAUUUCCAACUGCGUGCGUGAGGACAGUGGCCUUGUCCUGCUCAAGCUCAAGAAUGACCAUGGCUCAGCCACGGCCACUCUAUACCUCAACGUGCUGGACCGUCCCAAGCCUCCCCAGGGCCGAGUGGAGUUCCUGGAGCUCUCGGGUAAUUGUGUGCACAUGAAGUGGAAGGCCCCAAAGGACAACGGUGGGCGGCCUGUGACACAGUUCAUAGUGGAACGGAGGGCAGUCGGCAAGAAGUCCUGGAUUAAAAUAGGCGAAGUGGACAGCAAAGACACCAAGUUCUCCACCAACAAAGUGGAAGAGGGAAAAGCCUACCAGUUUCGCAUCCUGGCCGUCAACUCAGAAGGAGUGAGAAACCCUCUGGAGACAGAUGAAGUGUUUGCAGGAAAUCCUAUCAAGCCCCCUGGUCUUGCCUCCCAGCCUCAAGUGACUGAUGUGACCAAAGAGACUAUGACCAUCACGUGAAAUGCACCCACCCAGGAUGGGGGAGCCCCAGUGCUCGGCUACAUUGUAGAAAGGAAGAAAGGCAGUAACCUGUGGGUGCCAUUCAACAAGGACCCCAUCCAGGGCACCAAAUGCACAGUGGAUGGUCUCCUGGAGGAUAAAGAAUGUGAAUUCCGAGUUAUAGCUGUGAAUAAGGCAGGCCCCGGACAGCCCAGUAUACCAUCCAACUCAUUGGUGGCCAGAGACCCUGACAAACCCCCAGGCCUGGUGCAGGGCCUGCACGUUUCUGAUUCCUCCAACUCCAGUAUCUCCCUGGCCUGGCGGGAACCAGCAGAGGGAGACCCACCCUCUGGCUACAUCCUGGAGAUGCAAGCUGAAGACUCCAAAGAGUGGUCCAAGUGCACAAAUCCCAUCUCAGGCACCUGCUACACUGUGGGAGGCCUCACCAAGAGGCAGAAAUACUUCUUCUGAAUCCGGGCUGUGAAUGAGGCUGGGGUUGGGGAGCCCAUGGAGCUGGACGAGGGGGUCCGUGCCAUGCCACCCCCAGCUGCCCCCAAAUUUGACCUCAGUGCCCCGCUGAGGAGUCACAUGGUGGUUCGUGCUGGGACAGCCCUCUGCAUCCAUGCUGCCUUCUCCGGCUCACCACCUCCCAGUGUGAUCUGGCAGAAAGAUGGCAUCCCCACCAAGGGCAGGAAAGCUAUCACCAAGGGCAAAAACCACUCCCAGUUCCUCAUCAACAGCACCAAGCACUCUGACUCGGGGGUGUACCGCAUCUUGCUCCAGGAUGAGUUCAGAGAGGCACACUAUGACAUCCACGUGAGAGUGGCAGAUUUCCCACAGCCACCCACAAAUCUACAGCUGUUUGAGGAGGUUCCCAACACUGUGACCCUGAACUGGAACCACAGCCCCGAUGUGGUGCAGGAGGACGGUGAGGCCCACUAUGUCAUCCUGAAAUGGGAUGCGAGCACCGCCACCUGGUUCACAGCAGCCGAGCGCGUCUUCAGCAACAAGUACACGGUGACCCGGUUGCUCCUUGGCAGGAAGUACUACUUACGCGUGUUGGCUCAGAACGAAAUCGGUGACAGUGAUCCACUGGACUCCAAGGACACUUGGCACAUCAACAAGGACAAGAUCGAAGACCUGAGCGCCAAGCUAAAGCCGUAUGAGAAGAAGGACUGGCGCCACGCGCCGCGCUUCCUGACUCUGCUCAAGCCCCACACGGUGCUGCGCGGCCAGGACUGCACCUUGACCUGUGCCUUCCUCAGGAACCCCCAGCCCACCGUGACUCUCUACAAGGGUGACGUCAACAUCACAGCCAACUCCAAGUUCUGGUACAACUCCACUAGCGGGGUGUGCACCAUCGUCAUCCCCACCUGCACACUCAAGGACAGCGGCGAGUACAGCGUGCUGGUGGAGAACGAGUUGGGCAAGGACCGCAGCGGCUGCACAUUCACUGUCUAUGACAAGGAUGACAAGACAAUUCUAGCAUCAGUCACCGAGAGCCUGCAGAAGAAAUCAAAGUACCUUAUGUGAGCUCCAUCCCAGUCCCGGCAUCAGGAUGUUAUGAUGUGGGUCCUCUUGGCCUGUCCUCUAUAUGGCUUCAUUGAGGGAAACCCAGUUUGCUCUUUGUUGCUUGUCAAUGUAAACACUCAAUGAAGGGAUGGAACAAUAAACUGAGCAAGCUCA